UUGUUUGAUGAAGGAUACCUUGCAUAUCAUUUAAGGUCAUCAUAUUAUUCAGGGUCAUGAUAUAGGACAAAAAAAUCAGUAUGAAUUGUUACACAGCCACAGAUUUAAGAUGACUACAGACGAGAAGAAAGAUCACGUGGCAUUUGUGGUCGGUUACACCGGAGAAACAGGGAAGGAAGUGGUCAAAGCGCUGUCGCUGUCCGAUUCCUUCGAACGAGUCCUGCUGAUCGGAAGACGGCAAACCAGUGUCACAGACAGACUCGGACAAAAAUUCGAGGAGAAGAUAGUGGACUUUGAUAAAUUAGAAGAAUAUAACGACGUCUUCGCGGGAUGUGAUGUCGGUUUUAAUUGUUUAGGAACGACUCGAUCUAAAAGUGGUGGAAAAGAAGGGUUUUACAAAGUUGACCACGAUUAUGUGAUGAAGACAGCUGAGAUUGCCAAACACAAUGGAUGCAAACAUUUCCUCCACGUGUCGUCCCAAGGAAGCGACAAAAAUAGCUGUUUGUUCUACACUCAGACAAAGGGGAUUGUAGAAGAGGAGCUUCAGAAUUUACAAUUCGAACAUUUAUCAAUAUUUCGCCCUGGGUUUCUGCUCUGUGACCGCCAAGAGAGCCGAUUUGGCGAGAAGCUCGUAGCGUGCCUAAUGUCGCCAUGUAUUUGCUGCUGUGCUAAAUAUAUAGGAGUGCCAACAGAAACUCUAGCAAUAGCCAUGGUUAGGAGGGCCUGCAGGCCCAAUGGCCAAGUGGAAAUCAUAGACAAUCCAACCAUACAUUACAUUGGUUCUUGAACUUGAAUGUUAUUAUUUUAUUCAUCAUCCUAGUCAUAUCUAACUUAUAUGAGUAAAAACAUGACAAUUGUAUUCUCUUAUAUUCACAUUAUUCCAUAAGUCUGCUAUUGAACUGUGAAGGACCAUUAGAGGUUCGUGUGGUAUUAGAACGGUAUUGGAAUGCGUUUAUUGGAAAUUUAAAUUUUCUGAGAAGAAGGGUAUUCAAAAUUUACAUCUUUACAACUGUAACCAUCAGAAUUCAUAAAGGUCUUUAGGCUGA